AUGGACUCGCUCAAUUCGACCUAUCCGCAGCCAGCCAUGGCGACCUAUUCUGAUCUUCUCGACCUCGCCGCUCAGCAACAACCUCAUCUCUCUGGUCUCGAGAGACUCUGGUGGGCACAUUAUGCCUACUGGGACAAUAACAUUCUUGCAACUGGUAAGCCAGACAAACACAAUGGACCAGCCUCGUCAAUCCUAACAGUUACAGGAAUCAUCACCUUCCUCGCCCACGAAAUCAUCUACUUCAGCCGCUGUCUCCCCUGGAUCAUCGCCGACGCCCUCCCCAGCAUCUUCCUCAAAUACAAGAUCCAGGACCAGAAACCUCCUCCAUCCGCAGCAGAGCAAUGGGCUUGCACAAAGUACAUCCUCCUCAUCCACUUCGUCGUCGAGCUCCCCCUCAUCGUCCUCUUCCACCCAAUGAUGGAACUCUGCGGUCUGAGCUUCACCAUCCCAUUCCCAGACCUCCGCAGCCUCACCGCACAGAUAAUCACCUUCUUCCUCCUCGAAGACACAUACCACUACUGGCUGCAUCGCGCCAUGCACUGGGGCCCGCUCUACCGCUCCAUCCACCGCAUCCACCACCAAUACGCCGCGCCCUUUGGGCUAACAGCCGAGUACGCGAGUCCCUGGGAGACCCUCCUGCUGGGCUUGGGCACCAUCGGGCCCCCAUUGCUCCUGGCACUGAUGAACUGCAACGUGCACUUGGUGACGGUGCUGGCGUGGGUGACGCUGCGGCAGUUUCAGGCUAUUGAUGCGCAUUCGGGGUACGAUUUCCCCUGGAGCCUGAGGCGGAUCAUGCCGUUUUGGGGUGGAGCGGAUUGGCAUGAUGAUCACCAUCGGUACUUCUGGGGGAAUUAUUCCAGUUCGUUUAGGCAUUGGGAUGUGUUGAUGGGUACGGUUGCUGGUCCGGAAGCGAGGGAGAAGAGACGCGCGGAGCGAGAGAAGCGGCGGGCUUGA